GGAAAUUCCUUCCUUCCUCGGUCCAAGAGUCUGGCGCUCAAACGACAUACUGAAGGGUGCUUCAGGCUCAAGAAGAGGUUGCGUUCAACAGUGUGAAAUUGCCUGACUUGCCGUCACAGCGAUGGUGAUCUGAGGGGCGAUCUGCAACUGACAAAAAUCUUUCUGCUUCUGCAGCAUCACUGUCUUUUCUCUUGAUUACUCUUGUUAUCAAAAUAUCAGAGAAGGAAACUGGUACUGCAUUACAGUAUCAGCGUGAAUGAGGAACCGGCUACAGAGCCUGGUCAACCCCUUCUUCACCAGGCUUCUACGCCAGGAUUUAGCUGGAUUAGGUUUUAGACAAAUCGCUACUGCUGCAGAAGAGGGCAAACACCCACUAGGAGGAGUCACGAAAUCAAAGAAGCAGGACUUGAGACCAGUCAGCGAGGAAUACAGGACAGGAGCCAAGAGUGUGCUGUUUACCAUCCUCAAGAAUGCAGACGAGCCCUUAACAACUGCAGAAAUCUGGGAGGCUGCUGAGAACGAGGGUCUGAAGAGCAAGCGCUUCAUGAAGCAGAUGCUGUUGAACAUGAAGAAGGCGCGACACAUCACAGCAAGGCCCUCGGGGAAAGGCAAUCACUUUGGCUAUAUCCUUCCCAGCAAAUUGAAUCCUCCCAAGCCGCACGUCCCAUGGCCAGGCAGCUGACGUGGCAUAAGCACAGAGUUGCUAUCUGAGUUGGGGAUUUGUCGAGGGGAAUGGACAGGGUCUUAUAUGAUGAGGCAAUGACAUGUCACAACACGGUGUUACAUACAGAAUAC